ACUUUUUUUCUUUUUUUAUGGGAAUGGAAGCUGCAAAUCAGCAACCUGAGAAAUAUGAAAAAAAUUAUUCCCAUAGAAAAGGUGUUAUUUCAUCCCUCUCCAACUAAAAAUAAGAUAUCUUUUGACCACACUUUUCUGUCCUAUUCCCGCAAAUCAAACAAACGACUGGAAGCUUAAUCUUUAGGUUGCAGGUGGGAGGAAGAAGCCAACCUGUGCAAUAGCACUGUAUCGAUCAGUCUUGUCAUAGCAUACAUCCAGUUCACAGCAUGAAUAUCGCAUCCAGUCUUCUCAAAAAGAUUUGAAAGGAGACACAGGCUGCUCCAUUAAUCUACUUAAGAAGAAAUGUAAAGAAGCUUCUUGAAAUUUAUGGAGUCUUCCUCGCUCAUUAGGGAGGCAGAAGAAUGUAGCAGCUGUGAGUCCGGUUGGACCAUGUACCUUUCAUCCCCCAUGCAUGAUGGUGGAGAUAGUGACACAGAAGUCAAAUCUACUGAUGAGGAAGAGGAUCAUGAUAAUGAUCACAACAGCAACAAAAGCAAUGGUAGCAAUGAAGAUGAUGAAGAUAAUGAUUCCAUGGCUUCAGAUGCUUCUACUGGACCAAUUCAGCAUAGGCAUGGUGAUACAAAAUGUGAUCGAAGUAGUGUAAUGGGUCUUCCCAACAAUGAUGAUGAUGACAAUGAGCUUGAAAAUGAUGAGCGUAACCAGCAGUCAUCAUACUCAUACAACAAGGUUUGCGGGGUGAACAAAAUGAGAAAUGGAGGAAGGAUUGCCGUUUCUCACAGGGAAGAUGAUGCUGCUCUUUUCCACACCAGUUCCAAGGUGAGGAAGACAUUUGAAAAAUGAUAAUAUGAAUGUUUUCUUUUUGUUGCUAUGAAAAGAAGAUCUUUCCUAUAUGUUUUCAGAUGAGAAACCUGACCAUUAAUACAGAUGACAACUAGUUCCAAGAGAAGCUAGCAGCAAAUGAAUAUAAGGGCAUUGUCUUGUUUUGGGAUCGAUCAAGUUACAUAGAAUAUAUAUCUAAAGCUUGUAAUCCAAGUCUGAAGCUUGUUCAUUUCACUGGUAACAAUAGUGUUUAAUUUUCAUUUUUCUUCUUGAGAACAUGGAGAGGCAUGAGACUCCUCCCCAGAUUUGGUUGUCUUGUUUUCAUUCUUUAUUUCUUUAAGUUCUGCUCAUCUUCAUCGAUGCUUCAAAUGAGCACAUGCUUAAUCACAUACCUUAAAUCUCCUUUUUGAAAAAAAGAAGAUGACAAUAAAUUACAUUAAAAGCCUAGCAAA